AUGCUCCACGAAAUACUCCUCUCCCUCUCGGGACAUCCUUCUCCGCUCCUCACUGCCGAUCAUACAUCCUCAUUCUCUAUCCUCUCCCCCUCCGAAAAAUCCCUCCUCUCCUCUGUCGCCAAUUUAAGUGAUCUCCACUGCAAACUCCUCGCGCAUACAAACGCUAUAUCUUCGAAACACUCUUCGAGCAUCUGCCAAGCGGUUGCUACAUCUAUAAGUUCCGUACAUCUUGCAAGUUUUCAGAGAAAAGUGCUAGAGGUCGAAAAUGGCAUCUUGCGCAAAGAUGCUGGGAGUGUGGGCGCUUAUAACAUUGUGCCCCUGACAUUUAUCGUGGAGAAGUUCUCGGGCUGGACAAGGCGGAUGGAGUGGUUCCUAGAAAUUGUGAACUUCAUGAUGCAGGAUGCAGGCGGAAAGAAGUGCAGCGGGGCAAUGGUCAUUGACAAGUUGUGCAAUGCUAUACAAACAGGAUAUGUGGAUAUAGAAGAGGCAGCAUUGAGUCUGGUGAAGGUUGCGCAGACUGCUUGGCUGAAGCAGGUAUCGGCCUGGAUCUUAUAUGGAAGGCUACCGAGCUUUGGACGUGGGGAUUUCUUCGUUCAAGAGGACGAAUCAAAUGAUUACAAGAAUAAUAAGGACUUGUUACCAGCGUUUGUGUCUGAUGCUACGGCCUCAUCGCUUCUCUUCAUUGGGCGAUCCUUGAAUCAUAUUCGAGUUAAAGGCAUCUCCUCCGCGUCCUCUCCAGAACUCGACCUACUAUCCUCCCAUUUACGACAAUUAUCAACCCUCAAGUUCCCAAUCAAUGGUGCCAAUUUUGCACGGGUGAUAGCAUCUAUACGUCUAUCGCUAUCACAAACUACUUUACAAAAGCUCUUGCCCUUAACCAAAGUAAUUGAGGCAUUGACAUUACUACGGGAAUUCUUUUUGCUCGGUCGAGGAGAAUUUGCCAUAGCGCUGAUCACCGAGGCUGACGAGAAGAUCCGCUCACGAUGGAGAAGAUCCGAUACCUUGGGAUAUGAGAAGAAAGAUGGCCUCGGGAACAUUCUUGUGAAGGAAGGGGAAGUUUCUGCUGUUCUUGCCAGGACCUGGGCUGUAAUGGGCGCACAACAGGGUCAGAAUGAUGAUGAGGAUGAUGACGAUCUCCUUGAACUUGCAAGAGAUCUUGUCCAGUUAAGCAUCACAAAAGAAAACCCGAAUGCACCGGGAAAUGCCAACCUAAGAGCUUCGCAAUCGUCUUUGCUUGUCUCCACCCCCUUCCGAAACCUCCUUCUUUCCGUUUCUGUGGCUCUUACACUACAUAUCCCUUCGCCACUAGAUCUGUUCCUUACUCCUUCUGAUACCCAGAUGUAUUCUAGUAUCAAUGCUUAUCUCCUAGCAGUCCACAGAGCACACCUGCGUCUCACUAAUCUUUGGAAGAUAACAUCAUUACGUCGUGAUCAUCCUGCACCUCCCGGUCCACCUGUGGGAAGUUCUACAUUUGGUCGAAAGAAGGUCCUCACACUUCGAACUAGAGCGAAAGAACGUUCUCAUGCCAUGCGUAGCGUGUGGGCAACCAGCAGCGCUGCAGUCUUCUUUCUAGGUGAGACAGAAGCAUAUCUUCAAGGCGAAGUUGUCCAAGGAACAUGGUUGGGUUUUACAAGCUGGCUCACAGGAGAGACGCAGGCAUCAAGGUCCCAAGACGAGGAUGAAGAUAUCUGGCUGCAGGUUGCCAAACAAUCGACCUCAAGGAAUACCAACCAUAAUCAUGAUCCACAAACACUUGCAGAUGCACAUAUUAGAUACCUCGCUGCUCUAGCAUCCAAUCUUCUCCUAACCACAUCAACAUUCACAGAUCCAUUAUACUAUCUGCUCCAACAGAUCGAUCAUCUCGUCGCUCUUGUCCACCGUAUUCACUCUAUUUGGCAAUCUCUUGAUCUCGAAACCGAUGAAGGAGUCGUAGACGCAUUCUCUGACUUUCACAAAAAAGAACAGGAUGUUAAAGAACAGCUCGUAACAAUUGCAACACGGGUAAAAAAUGCAAUCGAAGAACUGGUCAGGAUUUUACGGGAGAUAGAUCAAGAUAAGAAUGGCUGGGAUAGUGGAUACGAAGAAUUGGUCUUAGGGGAAGAAGGUGCUUAUGUUCCGGCUAAGGUUGGCAGAGUAGACAGGCUGCUGAUGAAGCUGGAUUUUGGAGGUUGGUUCGAUAAGAGGGGUAAUGGAGAAACAGGAGAUGUCUUUGAUGAGUUGGGUGAUGAUGAAUAA